CUCCGGUGCGUUUCCGCUCACUCCCUCUCUGCAUUUUGGACAAAACGUGCCCAGCGCUAUGGAUUAUGUUCCAGAGAAUGACAUUUACUGCGCGAUACUGCACUAAAAACCUGUAACUCCGUUUUGAAAAUCCGGACUGAGGAGCCAUGCCUGUGGAGAGCAGCAGCAGCAGUGCAGCGCGUCAGGCCAAGCAGAAGAGGAAGUCCCACAGUCUGUCCAUCCGGAGGACCAACAGCACGGAGCAGGAGCGCAGGGAGCUCAUGGAGAGUCAGGACUCUAAGCUGCCUCUGUCCAUGCGCUCCAACCUCCUGGACCUGUUCAGCCAGAUCGAGAGGGAGUUUGAGAACCUCUACAUCGAGAACAUUGAACUGCGCAGAGAGAUCGAGACUCUGAACGACCGCCUCACCGCAGACGGACAAACCAUAGAGGGAUCAGACUUGACCAAAGGAGCUCUCAAAACUAAAGCCAGUCACAGCACAAGUCAACUCUCCCAAAAACUCAAGACCACGUACAAAGCCUCCACCAGCAAGAUCGUGUCCAGCUUCAAGGCCACCACCUCGCGGGCCGUCUGCCAGUUGCUGAGGGAGUUUGUCGGGCAUCGAGAUGGCAUCUGGGACGUCAGCAUCACGAAGACACAACCCGUCGUCAUGGGAACAGCUUCUGCAGACCACACUGCCAUGCUGUGGAGCAUUGAGACCGGGAAGAGUCUGCUCAAGUAUCUGGGCCACCAGGGGUCAGUCAACUCCAUCAAGUUCCACCCCACGGAGCAGAUGGCCCUCACAGCCUCUGGAGACCAAACGGCUCACAUCUGGAGGUUCAUGGUGCAACUGCCGACCCCUCAACCUGUCACAGACACCACUCAGACGUCUUGUGAGGAGGACGUGGAGUGCUCGGACAAAGACGAGGCCGACGCAGACGGGGAGGGGCCAAACGAGUGCCCGUGUGUGCGCGUGCCCACCACCACACUGCGCAGUCACCAGGGUGUGGUCAUAGCUGCGGACUGGCUGGUGGGGGGCAGGCAGGUGGUCACCGCGUCGUGGGACCGAGCGGCGAACCUGUACGACGUGGAGACCUCCGAGCUGGUGCACUCGCUCACUGGCCACGACCAGGAGCUGACCCACUGCUGCACCCACCCCACCCAGCGCCUGGUGGUCACAGCCUCCCGGGACACCACCUUCAGGCUGUGGGACUUCAGAGACCCGUCCAUCCACUCGGUCAACGUCUUCCAGGGACACACCGACACCGUCACCUCGGCCGUCUUCACAGUGGGAGAUAACGUGGUCUCCGGCAGUGACGACCGGACAGUCAAAGUGUGGGACCUGAAGAACAUGAGGUCGCCCAUGGCAACCAUUCGCACCGACUCGGCUGUCAACAGGAUCAGCGUGUCAGUCAACCAGAAGAUCAUCGCUCUCCCUCACGACAACCGGCAGGUGCGGCUGUUUGACAUGUCCGGAGUGCGGCUGGCUCGGCUCCCACGCACCAACCGACAGGGGCAUCGGCGCAUGGUGUGCUGCUCGGCCUGGUGCGAGGACAGCGCCCCCUGUAACCUGUUCACGUGCGGCUUCGACCGGCAGGCCAUCGGCUGGAACAUCAACAUCCCGGCUCUGCUGCAGGACAAGUGACCGAGCCGCCGCGCCGCCGCUCCAGGCCUGAGCACUGUGUCACGUGUGCGUUCAACAGAGAGAGAGGGGGAGCGAACCUUUAAGUAGUGCACUUUAAACACACGCCGCUGCUACGGUGGGAGGCUUUCAGAGCACAAACGCGAGAUGGGUGAGAAGCCCGGACCACUGCCACGACCACACCACUUUCUCUGUGUCCUGCAGAGGAGCUGGUCUGGUUUGAAGAAAGGACUCAAAGAAACGAUCUGUGACGUGUAACUGUUCGUAAACCACUAGAGGAAACCGCCACGUUAGACUUUUGGUUUGACCGACAGCACAGAGGGAGCAGCCGUUUGGAUUAUUUUGGUUAAAGAAAUGCCGACUUUGCCAAACUCUGCCCCCUGUGCUGUGAGUUGACUGUGAUGGGCGCACUGGCUCUUUUCAAACGUUCUUUAGGAUUUAGGAGACAACACUUCAUUAUCAUUCACAGAUUUUUCUUUUUUACCAUCAUGUUUAAAAACGGUGGCACAUUUUGUACAUUUCCUGGUGAAUGAUCAGUCACUUGUCUCAUGAACGUGUUGUAUUGCCUGGAAUGUUCUAUAUUAGCUUCUAUCUUUUUAUUUAUUGAAUUACAAAAUACUUAUCUGACCGGCCAUAUCCACACGCUUUGACCAAACUUUGCAAAAACGUUCAGUGUGUAUCUGGAGCUGUGUCGUGUCUCCCUGAUUUCAGAGUGCGUGCUC